UGCUAGGCAUAGAGGCACCACUUUCAAACAACGCUUCACACUGACAUGACACCAAAUGAAAGGACUAAUAUUUAUAACUGAUUCAUAAACCAUUAGUUAAUAUAUGUUAUUGCUUCGAAAACAGCAUAUGUCUUAGGCUUUUGGAAGUGUUCCUCUGAGUACCUUGCUAUGCAGGCAUUAAAAAACUGGAGUCCGGCAGAAACCGCAAAACGACGUGCAAGGCAACACAUGACUAGUGCUAAAGUUUUUGAAAUACUUUGUUAAUUUAGAGUUUUGUGGAAACUACGGAUAAAAUAUUUACACCUGUUUUCGACAAUGCCAUUGAAAACUAAAAAGCCCCUACCAGUCACUAAACUGGGUCAUAAUCUUAAGGCUAACACUAAAAAGGUGACAGUUGCUGGAAGAAUAUUUAGUAAACAAGGAAAUGGAUCCAAAAAACAAGAGAAAAAGAAACCAAGAACAAAAGCAGGAUAUUCUCUGUACUCAUCUGAGUCUAGUGAGCAGCACACUUCAAAUUCUAGAACCAGUGCUCAGGAUACUUGUGCAAAGUUUACUACUUUGGUGGAGAACUGGAUGGCACACCAGAAUGACAGCCAGGAGGUUUAUGGAUUGCAUAACAUCCAAGCCUCCGAUAUAGUCCACGAUAGGACACCAUUUAACAGACGUUUGGUGUCAUCAACACCAGACCCAGAAAAACUUUUGGAGGAGUUGCCAGGUGAUCAGCAGUUCAUUCCUGAACGGGAUAGCAGCAACCUGCCUAAAGCAGGUUCCAUGGAGGCACCUUCUAAAACUCAUUCCUGCGACAUGCAGUUGGGUGCUGUUUUAACAGACUCACAUCGCCAGCUACUGCGCCAACAAAUAGAUACUAUGCUUUUGGCAGAUGGCUAUGAAGAAUUGAUACUGAAACAACAGCAAAAAAAUUCAAAAUGGCAGAAGGAAAUGCCUUUUGAGAGAAACAGCAAAUCCACUGAAAUGUGGGAUACAAAUGAUGAUAACCCAAAAAAAACCUAUGUGUCUUCCAGUAAGCUUAAGUGCCAGAACAAAAGCAAUCCAGUGACUGCAGAUUCAAGGCCAUUAGAUGUUUCUCUCAUGUCUGCAGCAGCAACUUGGCAGCACAUGGUGAAAGAGAAGACCUUACAGACCCGUAGUAGCGAUAUUGGUGUCUUCCAUCAUUUUCUUCAUAGAGACUCUUCUAUCUCAGGUCCACCUUCAGCUUUUGUGCAAGACCAGAGCUCAGAGCAUGUGGUAAACAGUGGUCGAGUUUUUGUGCCUCAAAGUGAUGGUAGUUUUGCUCCAAAUAUAAGCACAGGUUUUACUCCUGCAUUCGAACAAAAAGGGAUUUCUACCCACACGCUUGCUAGGUCAUUCACUUCUUCACCCAACUUUCAACCUUUAAGUGUCAAAAUUGAUGGUAAAACAGGAGAUAAAUGUGUUGGCUUUGUUACCCCUGAUUUUCACCCUCAGCCAGGGUUACUUCAUGUGCCAACACCAGCUUGCAGCCCUUUGAAACUAGAGCACUCUCGUGAUCCCAGUACAAAUAACAUUCCACAGAAAAAAGCACUGUCACUGAAGGAUUCUGGUAUUAAGUCUGCUACUGUUCAGGAAAUGGAAACUCCUUGCAGCAUUCCAGAGCUUUCAGUGUCUUCCUUUGACUUUAAUGCUCAAGGCUUUCAUGCAGCUGCAGUUUGUGUGGAAGAUCUCCCAUCUCCUCGAUCACGAGCCAUCCUGGGACGAGAUUCUGAGGGUGCACUUGCUGCUGGAAAUAAUAAUGCCAGCCUUGGGAAACUUUUACAGAGUGCACAUACAAGCACAUCUAAGAUGGCAGAAAAACAAAAAGUAGAUUCUAAAGAAAAUUACACAUGUGAUGGCUAUUACAUCAACAAAAGUGAACAAGACCACAUUGAAGAUAUUUCUUCCCUCCCUACACCUCGAGCAUUUAUACCAACUCCUAUGCAUUCUCCAGAUCGGCAGAAACCAGAAUUAGAGCAUCUACAUUGCCUUGACUUGCACCUUAACAAGAACAAUAACUCUGACUCGCUGGUUGUGGAUUAUUGUGAAGGUCAUGGGGAACAGCAGGGAGGAAAGGAGACCAAUGGCAGGAGACCUCUCAGGAGAGAAGGUCUUGCACAUUUCACGUUGCAAUUUCCAGGACAGAUCAAAUCAGUCAGGGAGGCACUGGCAGAUGAUUUUGAGGAGAGUACCUGUAGAAACUCAGCAGCAACUGAAGAUGACCAUGAUGAGAUGGAGCCUCAAAACCCUGCAUGCACCCCAGUGUCAUCAUCAGUGUACAAUAGUCGUGAUGUUGUAAAUGGCCCACGUAGGCUGAGGCAGCUGAUGUUUGAGCUUCAUCAAACGUGUGCCAUUGAUGGCGAUUUGGAGAUUUGCCAGCUUGUUCAAGAAAUCAGCAAUCUGAUUGAAAGUCUCCCUCAGUUAAAAAUAACUUUCAACCUACAAGCCGAAAUUGACCUUGCUAUGCAACCUCUGCGCAUUGAUAACAGCCAGCUGAGAAGGCGACUGCGCAUAUUAAACCAGCAGCUGAAGGAGAGAGAGCGUCGAGAAAGGGAAGGCUGCAGUCCUGGCAUGGAGUUUGAAAUGCUACACCUUCAGACAGAAAAUGCCUCGCUUCUCCGGCAGCUAAAAGAAGAACGAGAUGAAUGUAAGAAACUGAACCAUCAUAUUACAGAGCAACAACGGCAAACUGAUAAGGUUAACAAAGAACUACAGCUUCUAAAGACCAAGAUAAGUGAAAUGGAACAUGGGAAACUGAUUGAACGCCAGGAACAGACACAAGGUAUUAAGGGUCUGCAUCAGGAGUUAGAGAUGAUGUCCCGGAGAAAUGAGAGCUUGCAGAUGAAGCUGGCCUCUGCCGACAGAGAGAACAGCAUUCUGCACCUGAAUAUUCGUCAGCAUGACAUGGAGAUUGCUAGGCUUCAGACCAUUCUAGGGAAUCUGAAACAAGGUGUGUGUGAUGUGCUACAGUUCUUUGACCAGAAUGUUGGGAGUCAUGAUACUACAGAUAUUGGUCUUCAAAAACUUCUAUCUUUUCUCAAAGCCAGUUCUCAGACACACAAAGUGGCCACUUCAGACUUUACACUUGCUGAUGAUGGACUAAUUGACCAAACAGGAAAUAACUACAGAAGGAAAGAGCAAAGACCCAGCAAAACAGGAGAUGAUGGAGAUCACAGCAAGAAAACCAAGACCAGUUUACUUCCGUCUACUCUUACCAUUGCUGCACUUGCUGCACAUAAUGAGCAUCAGAAGAUCACACAAGUACACAAAAAGAAUCCAUCAUUCCAUAGUUGGGAUGGUGCCAUGUCUGCUCAUUGCUCUCCUCCAGACACAUCCCUGCCCUAUCAUUCUGAUCCAGAAUCUGUGGCAUUUCCUCGGCUAGUGAAUGGGACUGAUUUUAAGGUUCCUUCAUCCUAUCAAGGAAAAGCUGACAAUCAAAAUAAAGGAUUUGAUAAGCAUGGUGUGUUAGUUGAAGACAGAAGCAAACAGAAAGAGUCUGUUUGCAACACAGAAUCAAGCCUUGAUAGUGUUAGACCAAAAACACUUUUUGAAACUGUUGAGUCACCUAGUAUUGACGUGCAGGAUAGAACUGUGACUCAGGACUCAAAAAAGCUGGCAAGCUGUACCCGUUACAGUGUCACGGAUUACUUUAAAAAGUACCCAGCUUCAAGACAAACAACUGACCAACUUGAUAAGUUUUGUUCAGACACACAAGAUGGAUGUCGCUCUACCGAAUCAAAAACUAAUCCUAUCUCUUCACCAAAAGGCAUUUCGGUCGACAAGCUGCAUGUACCUGUUUCAAGUCCUAACUCUUCAGCAGGCAUUGAUGCUUCAGAGAUCACUCAGCAGGACUUUUUUGCUGGGACUGAGCUGGAUAUGUCACUUAGUACAAUACCCGAUGAAGCUUCCUCACUGGCCACAGGAAUAACCAUGACAAGCAUGUCAACUGCCAUGUCUUUGGAUGAUCGUGUCUUUCGUGAAGGCAUUGCUGCUUUGGAUAAAAACAUAGCCAAAGUCCAUGAAGCACUUCAGCGUACAAAGAAGAUGUUCUCAUGAUUAUAUUUUUCAGUUUUCUUUUUGAGAAAAGGACUUUUCAGCUGUUCACAUUGAUACACCAGCUGAUACUUAUUACAUAGUGCAUCACAGUAUUAUGAAAAGCUAAAGCUUUUGUUGUAUUUCAUUCACUAACAAUUUUUACAUUUGGUUUGCUUUGAUGUUUCAGUGAGUUGUGUGUGAAAAGGAAUUUGCUUGUCUUUUCAGCAUUUGGGGUGUUUCAAGUUCAAUUUCUUCAUCAUUGGGAGUUGUGUACAAAAAGCUCUGAUGGCAGAAGUCAGAGGUUACCAUGCAAAUCAGCUAAAUGAUUUCACUAUUCUAUAAUACAAAGUGCCUAGAGAAAAGUAAAUAAAAAUAAACAUUAUUGAAGAAGGACUGGGGUUGUGGCUGAUAGUAAAAUGGUUAGAUCAAAAUUCAAGUCUCCAGUACUAUUUCAGUGCCUGGGUGUAUUUUUUGAUUCUUUUUUUCUUUUUCUUUCAUUUUACUUUUAAUAUCCCUCCAUUUUGUAGAAUUUAAGAACACUUGCAAAAAUGUUAGUCUUACAAUUUGCUGUGAUAUUACACUUUGACUCAUUUUGCACUUCUGUCUGCAUAUAUUUUUUAUUUAUGGGUGUGUGUGGAUGAAAAAGCAAACCCAAAGCAGAUACCAAAUACAAAAAAGUAAACUGUGCUGUCAAAAAAGAAACGAAGGCAGCUAGGGAGAACUGGAUCGAGAGCCAGUGCCAGGGCAUAGAUGGAAUGACACGAGAUGACAGCAUAAAAGGCCUAGCAACCUUAACACCCUGACUAAGACGGAUUAGCACAAGACCUCAGUCAUCGAAGACAGCGAUAGCCAUCUGCUCACAGAAAGUAAUGCUGUACUUUACCAAUGGACUGAGUACUGCAAAGACCUGUACAUCUUCCAGCUGAAGACUGACGCCAACAUCCUCCAAAACAACCGGGCUAGAGACAGUGAACCUGCAGACCUACCAGUUCUACAGGAAGAGGUCGAAAGAGCUGUAAAUAGUCUGAAGGGAGGAAAGUUGCAAGGCGUUGAUAGCGUGCCAGCUGAGCUGCUCAAGAAUGGUGGGGAAAAAACUACAAAGGUCCUGACUGUCCUGUGCCAAAGAGUCUGGGAACGCAAAGAGUGGAGGCCGUCACUUAUCACACAGGGAAAAAAAAGGAAACGGCAAACAGUGCCAGAACGACAGAACCUUAAGCCUUAUCAGCCACCCAGACUGGUCGUCCUGUACAGGACCUGCUGACUAUCGCUCACAAUAGACAAGAGUGGCUGGCUCUGGCAGCUGCCCCAUGUGCACGCCCCAACAACAGGUGCCGGUCGACUGACUGUGGAUGAACCAGCAGAGGUUCAAAAUUGUUAAUCCAAGAUUUUGAAACAUUGAAGAUGCCUGGUCACAGUUAUGUCAUUCUUAGAUGAUGAAAUCUUGUGGCUGUGAGAA